CUGGAACUCGCCUCACUGGGCUCGCAUUAUAACGGCCGUCCUUCUCGGUACCAUGGUUCACCUGGCAGCAGCCAAAGUCAAUUUGCUGUCUGCGGAUUUCUUCCACCUCCUGGAAGAACCCGGGUAACAACUUGAUUUGACUGCCGAGGCAGGAUAUUGAUAACAAAAUAAAGGCAUCGAGCCUUAAACAACCACUCAUCUUUCGAACGACCAACACAAACUCUACUUCCAAGACAUCCCGCUCUCCCCACAAGUCCGACGUCCAUGAGGCCGUUCGAAAUGGAGGGAGAAAGCAACUUCCUCACGGAGGAUUUGACACAAAUCGGUGCUGAUCCGGCUGAGAUCGACCUCAUUUUACGGCAGUUGGAAGCAAACGAUCUGCAGGAUGAUUUGCCAAGCGACGGGAAUAUCGAAGCUUGCGACGCUCCGCAUCAUUAUGACUGGGGAAACAAUACACAGAGCUCUACCUCCAACUCAGGCUCGUCCACCCUCUCACCGCUCGACAGCCCACAAACAAGCGUCAUGACCUCCAGCCCUGCAGAUCAAUAUUACGACUUUUCACUCUUGAACGUCUUCGAUACUAAGUUGGAUGGGCAGCUUACGUUUUUGGACCCUCUAGAGCUGGAUCUGUCAGUAGAAAGUCUGCCAGACUAUGAGAACUUGACUCUUCCUGGAAACGAGUUCUUUAACCCCAUGGCUCAUCCAACCAAACAUCUGCACGUGAUAGAAAGCAACGAGAUCGUGUUCGACCAAAAAGCCAGCACCCAUCCCACUGAACCUCAACCAUCGACUAAACCGACUCAAUCCUCCCUUGCACCUUGUGAACCCCCGUCCGCAGAAGCACCGUUUGACUGUCCCUACUGCCAUAGGAGCUUUGCAGAUAAGACCAAGUUCAAGAUCCAUACGAACAAACAUACCAAACCUUUCAGGUGCAGCGCUGCCUGUUGUGACUAUGCAGCUGCGGAAAAGAAAAGCCUGCAGCGACACUUACUGGCGAAGUCAAAAUGGGACGAGGAGCACCGGCGAGCAGCGCAAAGCCAAGGCGUUGAAAACAUCAAGCAUCGUUGCCCAAAACAAGGGUGUACAUACUCCACGAUCCGGGAAGACAAUCUCAAGAGACAUAUGUCAAAGUGCACUUCUUGAGCAAUAUCGGAGCAGUAUCAAGAUUGUCCUUAUUGAGAGUAUAAUACUUGAUAACAGGGGCGUUAUGCGAAAUUCUUGUCUCUGUCUUCUGUAAAGUUUUAGAUGAGGAUAGUUCUAAGUAGAGAAGCCAGAGCAUUUAUACUGUCGGUGUUGUC